AGUACUCGGCGACCGUCAUACUCGAUGCACAUUCGAGUAUCGUCGAUCGCGUCGACAUCAUCUUUCAUCAUCAUCGCUGUGCUGAUAAAACUGUUACGGUCAUCGCAGGAAAUUGUAACCGAGCGAAACAUUUCGCGCGACCCAUGUCCCAACCCGGAUAAUAAAUAACGCUCAGACAUAACAUUAAUGCGAAAUCAUCCCGAUAAACAUACAUAUGUGUAUAUAUAUAUAUAUACAUGUAUAUAUUUGCCGUGUCAAUAAUACUAUCGAAUUUUUAAUAUGUGCCAGUAUAGCAAUUGAAUGCGAACGAUCAGUGCUGAAUUGUGAUCAGUGCGAAUGCCAAUCAAGUUCCUCUCAUUGUCAGUCGUUACGUGACUUGACAGUAAUCAUCAACGGCGGAGAAACAAGAAAAUUAUUAGAAUGGCGCUCGUUUCAAAUACUCUAGUCCAUCUGGUCAGUCUGAUGAUGUACGGUUUCACUCUAUUCUAUGCCUUCACCAUCUUACAUAUUCCUAUACUCGGAAAAAGAUUUGAAAAGUUUGAUCCUGGUCAAUUCAAGUACUUAACGAUGUGGGAUGUGAUUCUACAAGCCGUAUUCUUUUUAAUAUGUCUCUUGAACGAUUUCUACGGUACGAAUGCCGUAAACCCCAAGAAACCACCUUUAGCACGAAAGUUGAAGGAUUACUUCCAUGCGAGUCUCGGAUUUCCCGUCGCCAUGUUCGUUGGCGUGACCUUCUGGGCAUUGAUGUUCGUGGACCGUGAAUUAGUAUUACCAAAAGCAUUGGACCCGUACUUUCCAUGGUGGUUGAAUCAUUUAAUGCACACGAUGAUUAUGGUGACGACCGUGUUCGAAAUGAUUGUCGCACCACGACAAUAUCCCAAGCGAUCUCGCGGCCUCGGAAUACUCGUGGGCUUCAUGCUCGUAUACUUAAUCUGGAUGCACGUAAUUUAUUACAAAAGCGGCAUCUGGGUGUACCCCGUGAUGGAAGUGUUAACACAGCCGCUGCGGAUCCUAUUCUUCGCGGUGCUGCUAAUGUUUUGCACGAUUCUAUACUUCGUCGGGGAGACGCUGAACAACAUCGUCUGGGGUAACGAACACACUAAGCAUAAAAAAUCUCAUGCCAAAUCUAAGUAGCCUCGCCCAAGCGGGUGAUUCCUAACCGGGUGAUGAACCGUAUUUGCGUUCUUGCCUGCCGUCUCUGCGGUGGUGGUGAAUAAAACAGAAUGAAAUUUUUCUUUUUUUUUUUUCUAUACGCCUCCGUUGCAGCAUGCACGUAUAUAUUAUAUUAUUUAUCGAUAUUAAACGUGUCAUUUAGAAUGUUAGCGUUGUGUAUAUGUAUGUGCAUGCGAAUAGCGCGCAUUUAUUUAGGGUGUAACGGGAUGAGGAUAGCGCGUUAACCCGGCACGGUGGAAAUAACAUAUGUAAGUGAGCGAACGCAUGUGCAAGAUGUAAUGCAUUUCUAUUUAUGUGUGAUCACGGACAAGGGAGACUAAUUUCCUGUAGGGGUGUCUUUUCUUUCUUUUUGCGCGCGCGUCAAUCGAAUCAAAACGAUACACGCACCUCUCAUAUCAAUAUUUUCCCCCGUCCCCCACGACAAUACUUAUUUUUGUACUUUCGUAGAGCGAGCGAUCUAUUAUAUUAUUGUGUUUAUCUGCCAAAUAAAGUUAAUGUGGUGCACGGAGAAUACUGUGUGUAUAAUAUAUGCAUAUAAUGUGUACAAUAUAGCGCGUACAACGCAACACAAACUUGCCCGAUCUAAAGUCCGGAUAUAUUUGUGAUCGAGUGUAGGAAAAAAAUACGUAGCGGAGAACUUGGAACCGGAUUUGAAAACGUAGAAACACCCGAGAAACGGACACAAGAGGAAUCUUAAAUAUCUCUCUCUCUCUCUUUCUCUCUAUCUGUCUGUCUGUCAUAAUAUACCGGUCACAUCCGAAGAUAACAUCGUCGAAGACAUUUUCUUGCUACAAGUGAGAAAAGUGCCUCGGCGAGACCUAUUAUUAAUUUAUGGGACGAAGAUUCAACUUUCCGAUAUUGACGUAAAUAUAUUCCAUAUAUGAUUAUUGGUUUAAUUCAGCGACGUAUUUAGUGAUAUAUGGCCUAAAUAUCAAUAUUGAGUAUCGAUAUUUUUUUAGAAAUUUUAUUAAAUUAAUUCAGUGGAUGAGCCUUUCUCGAUAUUAAUUUCUUUGUGCCAAAAUAUAGUAUUUAAAUCAGACGUACGUUAUUACACGCGAUAGCUGCUAAAAGUAUGCAUUGUUCUCUGUGAUUGGAUAUCUUAUAAUAAAAAUGUAAACGAUGAUAAUUUUAUUCCAAAUUUUGUUCCUCUCGAAAAGACGGAAAAGUAAGAUGUAUUUAAUGUAGUAAUUAAUUUUAACACAUACACAUUGGAAGAAAGCAAUAUACAUUUUAGAAUUAUAUAUACAUAUAUAUACAUAAUAAUAGAGCGUUUUGAAUAGAAACACACUUAAGAAAAUAUAAGAAAAUAUGAGAAUAGUAAAACUAAAUUUUAAAAAUGCGACAUGUACAUACACACACACACACACACACACAUAUACAGAUAUUCCAUAUAUCUGUAAAUAUAUUGAUAAUUACGAAAUAUAUAUGAAAAGCAAUGAUAAAAAAACACAGUUUAUAAUUAAGUAGCAAGUUUCAUUAGAGACAUUUGUCAGCAGAACGCGAUUUCUAGAUUUUCGUAUUAGCAAAAAAUAAUCCACUGAAUACUACUUUUCCGCAAUUGUGAAAAAUGUGAUUAUUGCAAAAGUACAUGACAAAUAAUAUCUAAUGGUUAUAUUAAAAUGUGAAAAGAGAGCGUUUAUUGUGCGUCCUGCAAACGUUUAAUUUUAGAUAAUAUAAUUAUAUCGAGAAAUAGAUUUUCUCUCUUUUGAGAUUAGCGUCAUAAUUUAUAGGCAGUAGAUUAAUGAUGUAAUAGAAUUAUAUAAAAAAUGUAUUUUAUUUAGCUACCUGUUAAAAAAAUAUACGUAUAAACAAAGAAUAUCUUACUGUCAUAGAGAGCGUUCGAUAUACACAUUCUUAUAUAUAAACGUCUAAACAUACACAAUAUUCGAAUUACAAUAGUUUUUCAUUUUUGCGGGAAAAUAAUGUUUACGACGUGUUACAUUUUAAGAAUUCUCUAGUAUCAUAGAUUAAAUUAUAUUAUUUUAGAGCACUUGCGCGAUGUGCAAGUUGUUGAUCGUACUGAAAUUUGGUUACUAUUUUAGCAAUAAUAAAACGUAGAAAGA